AUGUUUGGUGAAUCUCCCUCUACCACGUCGCCCACGUCGCCGCAGAGUGACUUGAUGAAGCGCCAUGCGGCAGGCCAUGACAGCCCAGACGAAGGAAAGCGAAAACGACCCCCGCCGUAUCCGAAAAAUGGUCGCGUCUCUCAGGCCUGCGCAGCUUGUGCGAAGAGUAAACUGAAAUGCGAUGAAGAGAAGCCUUGUAAACGGUGCAAGGAGAAGGGAUUUGUGUGCGACUGGCCAGAUGGCGGGAAUGAUACGUCGCCUUCUCCCGCGCAAGCAUCGCAUAGCGAUUACGAACCCAACUAUUCCCUCGACGAGGCACUCGCGCAGCCCCCGCUCACAUCCCCAACCCAUGACGACGAGACCGAUAUGCCCGAUGCUAUUGACCCUGCCGAGUUCAAUUCCCCUGAUGUUUCAAUAAAUAAUUAUCUGCCUGCGACGGGGAUAAAUUCAAUUCCGGAUGAUACCAUAUCCAUGACUUAUGAUGCUUCAACGAUUUCACCGAUAAUGGACCAUGACAGCGGCAUUUUCAGCAUCGACGGCACGUUCUUUCCCAACUUCAUUCCCGACUCAUUAAUACCAACCCUCGCGCGCAAUGAUAUGCACACUUCCACCAACUUACCUCACGAUUACAUCCACGAUGUAUUCGACCAUAAUGUGCAAUUUGGCUUUGACCUUACCGACGUGGACUUUGGGUUAAUUGACUUCUUCAAUACCCGAGGCAUCGCCGACGCAUCAACCGAUCGGUCCGAGGAUAGUGGCAUUGCCUUAGGUGCCGAAGCAUAUCGGCGGUCGUCAUUAUCUAACUGGACACCAGCUCACGAAGAUACCGCAUUCGCCAACCAAGGAGACCUAUCUGUUCCGAAAUCAAUUGACAGCCCAGAAGCUAACAUGCGAUCGGAACGUCAGAUCCUCUCGGAACGUCUGUCGUCUGGGAGUCGCGAUCUGAUCUUUGGCAUGGUUCUCCAAACCAGUACGAAAGCCAAUCUGACGCGCAUCAUGAAGUCAUUCCCGAGCACAGAGCUGCUGGACAGCCUGAUUCAGGAUUAUUUUGAUUUCCAGAGUUGCAAUAUCGAUUCUUGGAUCCAUGGUCCCACAUUUCAGCCGAACGAUCAGACCCCUGAUAUUUUGGCCGCUGUCGCCGCUGCGGGCGCGAUCAGAUCGCCCAUUCCGACAAUCAGGAAGCUAGGAUAUGCGCUGAUGGAAGUUGCUCGACUUCAGCUAUCCUCAAAGUAUGAAAAUGACAACUCCACAACGCGAGACUUGCGCGCCUCGCAGACCUUCGCUCUGACUCUGGAGAUUGGUAUUUGGAGCGGGAACGGUCGGCGCACGGAAAUUGCUGAAAGCUUUCAAAACCCGCUCAUCACGAUGAUGCGACGCUCUCUACGUUUCCGACGAUCCGCUUAUUCGAAUAUUCUUCCGAGCAUGGAGGACUCGUCGGAAUCACUCGAGCGAAAAUGGCGUACCUGGACGGAGCAAGAAUCCUUCAAAAGGCUCGCUCAUCACCUCUUUCUCCACGACGCUCAAUCCGCCAUGAUGCUCAAUGUCACCCCAAUUCUUUCCUACGCUGAAUUGGAGCUUCCAUUCCCCGCCGUCCGAGCGCUCUGGGACGCGAAGUCUGCCGAUGCAUGGCGCGACAUAUACCUGCGGACUGGAGCAGGCCCCAGCCGGCUGCCUUCUCUAGUUGAUACACUGCAUGAUAUGUCGGAGUUAUCUGCAUUUCGCGGCUACAUUGACCUACAUCUGUCUACCCUUGUCCUACUACAUGGUCUCUCCGCUCUUAUAAACGAAUAUCACCGGCUCAAAUUCAUCUCCAAGGGCAACUCGAAACAUUGGAAUGCCCUAGUCAUCAACUCCCGCCAACAAGAACUAUCCCAGAUUCUAUCACACUUCCGCAUGCUAUACCAUGAAUUCGCCGAGAUCCCAAGCCCACAGAUCCUUCUUAUCUACGAAAUGAUUUCCAUGUUUCUUUACAUGUCCCUCGAAGAGCUGCAGCUCUUUGCCGGAAAAGAGGACAAGAAAGAAGCCAGACGUGUCUAUCAAAGCGCCCUCGAGUGGAUCAAUAGUCUCGAUUCCCGUCGUGCGCUCUGGCAUGCCGGGCAGGUUUUGCGCGCUGCAAAGACUAUGCCGUCAGGGUCUCUGACGGGGUUCUUUGCUGUUGGCGUGUACUAUGCCAGCCUGGCAUUCUGGUCAUAUAGCGUUGUCUACAAGGCCAAAAAUGCCAAGAAGCCGGCAGGAAGUCCACCGGAGGGACAUUACGGCGGGAGAUGGCCAACCGUGUUCCUGGAUGGUAGCGACUCGACUGAUGUUCAGAAGUUCAUCUCGCUGGGAUGUGGGUGUCCGGCGUUGCAGGGCCCGCAGGAUCCUGUUUUGGUUUCAGACCCAAGUCAAACAAUGGCACUUGCGCGGGGGGUUCUUCGUGCUGAGGCGUCGCAUGACGCCCUGCCGCCGUUAGUGCAGAGUUUGUGUCAGUUGAUGGGGGACUUGGGGAACGCCGCGAGAUCCACUGCUGUGGGGUAG